AUUUCUAAGAAAAGCAGAGGAAACGACGAUACACUGUGACGGAGGCUGAUGAUAGAAUCGUAUUACAGAAAACUUAUUAAUUGAAUGGUUUGACUAAAUGAUUAAAAUGCGGGAGUGACUGUUGAGAUCCAUGUGGUGUUUUGUGAAUAUUCUAGAGAAAAGUUAAAAAGGCCUCAACAAUGGCUACCAUGUAAUUGACCCAUAUCAACAAAAGUCUGUCGAUUUUAUCCAUAAGUUGGGACGAAGCUGUAGAAAAAGAUGUGAAAUUGUGUUUACGAACUAUUUUGGAAAUUAAACAUUUGAUGAAUUCUUGAAGCACUACAUAUUCCAUUCUUUAUGGUUUGAUCAAUUUGGAGCAGGAUCGUAUUAUCGCUUCUAUUCUUAAAAACGAAAAUGCUAAAAACGACAUUGGUAGUAAGCAUAGUGCUAGUGAACGUGUGCAACACUCUAGGUACGCAAAGAACCGUUUACAGGGCGGGUGACGAGUUGGUGGAAAUAACUCGAACCAAAGUAACGAACCCAUACUCACCGCUCUACUCCUAUUAUGCGUACAGUAGUGCACCGCAGUAUGGUAAUGACCGAUCGGAUGUGGUUUACUAUUCCUACCCAAACGAAGUGACUACCACGCAGAACGCCAAUCGGCGCGUACUAUCGGGAGACCCAUCUCAAGCUCAAGGAUGCGCACAAAACCCCUGCGGUGUUGGGGCCAUGUGUCAGGAAACUACCGGAGGAAGGCCAGUUUGUUCAUGCCCGGCAGGAUACAGCGGAAACCCGUUGACACAUUGCAGAAGAUCUGAAUGUUUGGAUCAUACCGAAUGCCGUGGUGACCAAGCCUGCCAGAGUGGAAACUGCGUUAACCCCUGCUCAGGGGUAUGCGGUGUUAAUGCGAACUGUGAUGUCAGGAAUCACGUUCCCGUAUGCAGUUGCCCAAGGAAUAUGGCCGGAGAUCCGUUCGUGAGCUGCCGUCACAGGGAUCCAGAGGAACAGUGCCGCCCAAGUCCAUGUGGAUCUAACACCAAAUGCGAAGUAAUUAAUAGCGUACCAACAUGUUCUUGCUUACCUGGUUACAUUGGCUCCCCAUUGACGGGAUGUCGCCACGAGUGCGAAAGCGAUGCAGAGUGUGGAGGACAGGAAUUUUGUUCGCAGUUCAAAUGUACCAAUGCAUGCUCACAAUGUGGCAAAGGAGCCACUUGCACGCGUGUUACAAAUCACCGCUCAGUGUGCGAAUGUCCGAAAGGCUACAUAGGAAGUCCUUACACCGAGUGUCGAGCUGAAUGCUACGGCGAUCGUGACUGUCCUGCCGGUAGACCGGCUUGCAUUUACGGAGUUUGUAAGAACCCAUGCGAUGGAUCAUGCGGAGUGAAUGCCGACUGUAAUCUACGAGGACUUACGCCGGUAUGCAGCUGUCCACGCGAUAUGACGGGAGAUCCGUUUGUGAGUUGUCGACCCUUCACGAAAGAGGAUUUGUGCAUUCCGAACCCAUGUGGAACGAAUGCAGUUUGCACCCCAGGUUACGACCGCACGAAUCGUGAACGACCUGUUUGUACUUGCCCACCAGGAUAUACAGGCAAUGCGCUCUCUAAUUGCGUCAGGGGUGAAUGUCAAAGCGACAGUGAGUGUUCUGAUCACAAAGCCUGUAUUAACUAUCAAUGUGUCGAUCCUUGCCGUGGACAGUGUGGAACUGGAGCACAAUGCCAGGCCAAAAGACACUUGGCCGUAUGUACCUGCCCAGCUGGCACUGAUGGAGAUGCACUAGUUUCUUGUAGGCCAACAAAAAGCUACCCAGUUGCCCGUUACCACUAAGGACUAGGAGUACAACCACGAAUGGUUUAUAUUUUCUCAAUUCAGCAUUACUAACAUGUUCAGAAAAUUAUAUUUGAAUUGAAAAUAUACUCACGUUCCUAACAAUAAAAUGUACUUGUGGAGUGUUCAAAA